UUUAUUCCCAUGUCCUCAGUUCAGCUGAUCGGUGAACUAAAUGUCUCUUUAACUCCGGUAUCCAUUCCACUUGCCUGAUUUCCACCGGAACUUCGUCGGAAACGACUUUUGUGUGAUGAUUUUGUCGUCGUAUUGACUACAAAGUGCCUCACGAGCUCUCUCCUCGAUUUCCAUGGCUGUUUCGAGUUUGAGAAGGGUUGCAAAAUGCCUUGUACCGAGACCUAGGUCUCGGUGUUGUGAGAUAAAUCAUGGUCUGGGAAAAUCCCCUGUUGGAUUAUGGUAUGCUAUAUUUUACUCACACUGCAAUGCUUCCCGGGGAGGGUUUUCGUCACAUAUGUUUCAAGAGAUCAAGUACUUAUUAUGGAAGAAUAAGCGGUAUCGUGCUCAAAUUGUGUGGAGAAGGCUUUUCCAAACGUAUUCUUAUAGUGGACCAAUGUUGCCACCCAUAAGUAGGAUAGCACGUGCAAUGAGUCUUGCUUUGUCUCGGUCGAACCUGGUAGCUCCUGGUAUUCUGGCCUUCAUUAUUGGAGAGGUAACCUGGAACAAAACAAGUUUAGCACAUGCUGAAUACUUCCCUAUAAAAGACUCUCUCUACAUACAUGCACAAGGUGGGCAUGUUUCUGCAACCUCAUUUAUAUUUUCUCUUUUAGAGGGACUGGUACUAGUUCUGAGAGCCAUAUACUUGGCAAUUUUGUUUUCUCCUUGCAUGGUAAUGGCUCCUUUUGCUGAUUCUCUUGGCAUGGAGUUCAGGAGGUCAUGGCUUCGUAUUGUCCGGGUAACAUUAGAGAAGGCUGGCCCAGCAUUUAUCAAAUGGGGCCAAUGGGCUGCGGCAAGACCUGAUCUGUUCCCAAGUGAUCUAUGCCAAGAGCUUGCUGAACUUCACAGCAACGCACCGGCACAUAGCUUUGCGUACACGAAAAAGGCUGUCGAGAAGGCAUUUGGCCGUAGGCUGACUGAGAUUUUUGAUAAAUUUGAUGAGGAACCUUUGGCAUCCGGCAGUGUAGCUCAAGUUCAUCAAGCUACUUUGAAAUUCAGAUAUCCCCAACAACAAGUUAAGCCUAUGGUUGUUGCUGUAAAAGUUAGACAUCCAGGUGUUGGUGAAGUAAUCCAAAGAGAUUUUGUAUUGAUUAAUUUAUUUGCAAAAGUUUCAAAGUUCAUCCCUACAUUGAGAUGGUUGAGACUAGAUGAAAGCAUUCAACAAUUUGCUAUUUUCAUGAUGUCCCAAGUUGAUCUUGCCAGGGAGGCUGCCAACUUGAGUCGAUUUAUUUACAAUUUCCGGCACUGGAAGGACGUCUCUUUCCCCAAACCUCUUUAUCUUCUGGUACAUCCAGCUGUUUUGGUGGAAACUUAUGAACAUGGGAAAAGUAUCCUACAUUAUGUCGACAAGCUUGAAGGACAAGAACACAUUAAAACUGCCCUUGCUCAUAUUGGAACUCAUGCCCUCCUAAAGAUGCUCUUGGUAGACAAUUUCAUCCAUGCAGACAUGCAUCCAGGAAACAUUCUUGUCCGGGAAUCGCCAAGCAUAAUCUCAGCAAAGUCUUUGUUUAAACCAAGACCUCAUGUUAUCUUCCUUGAUGUAGGUAUGACUGCUGAACUUUCUAAAAGGGACUGAGACAAUUUAGUGGAAUUCUUCAAGGCUGUGGCACUUCGUGAUGGUCGUUGUGCUGCUGAGUGCACUCUGAGGUUAUCUAACAAACAGAGCUGCCCAUAUCCGGAGGAUUCAUCACGGUUUGAAGUGGACAAUAUUUUCAAAAUAUGGGGAUCAGAUGAAGAAGAUCCCCUUCAUCCAGCUGAUUGCAUGCAACUCAUGCUCGAACAAGUUAGGCGUCAAAUUUCCACUGUGAUCGUAACCACCAUGGUGUUGGAGGGCUGGCAGCAGAAACUUGAUCCAGCGUAUGACUCUUUACAAGCUUUGCAAGAAUUGCUUUUCAAAGUCGAUUUGGUGGAUUCUCUUGCCUAUACAAUUGAAGGAGUAAUGGCCCCAUAGUUGCUGUCAACAAGAAACAAAUUUAACAAGAUUACUUCCCCGAAUACUGACUUAUUAAAGGAUACUGAGAGGGAUUGGAAAUAAACUGAACUGAUUCCCAAAACCAAACUAUGUUUCAGCACUCUGUAUUACCGGUUGAUUCAAGGAUAUGUUUCUGCGUUUUCUAA